AUGACCGUGCCCAACAACGACAAGAUUGCCAUUGUCGGCGCUGGCCCCUCUGGCCUGGCCUUCGCCGCCAUCCUCGAAAAGCGCGGCGGCUUCGACUAUGUCAUCUACGACAGCUGCGCCGAGGAGGUCCCACCCCGCGGCGGCUGCCUCGACCUCCACCCCGGCAGCGGGCAGCGGGCUCUGCGCGAGGCUAGUGUCUUUGAAGAGUUCAAGAAGCACGGCAGAUACGGUGAAGCGACAAUCCACCGCCUUUUCAAGCACGAUGGUGAGAACAUGUUCAACUUUGGGGAGGGACGCGACGCGCCCGAGAUUGACCGUUGGGCGCUGCGCAAGGUCCUGCUCUCUGGCGUCCCGAAGGAGAAGAUCCACUGGGGAAAGGGCGUGGCAAAGACCGAGAGGGAUGAGAGUGGCGAGGUCGUUUUGACCUUCACGGACGGCUCGACGGCUAAGGGGUUCAAACUUGUCGUCGGGGCGGAUGGUACUUGGAGCAAGGUCCGGCACCUGGUCACCGAUGCCAAGCCGCAGUACUCUGGAAACCUCUACCUCACCACCAAGAUCAACCCCACCAACCCUUGGUACGAGAAGAUGAAGUCGCUCUGCCAGAUGGGCUCCAUGAUCGCCAUGGGCAACGGCGUGCACAUGUUCAACUCCCGCCAGGGUGAUGGACACUACCGUGUCGACGUCGGCAUUCCUGGGCCCGAGGAUUUUGGAACCUGCGGCAUUAUUCCCGACUUCAACGACCAUGACAACAUCAAGAAGUAUCUCAUGUCGGAUGACAUGUUCGGCCCGUAUUCCGCCGAGUUGCAGGAUAUCAUUAAGAACAGCGAGGGUCCGUUCCGCCCGUGGAUCAUGUACUACUUCCCAACCGAGCGGCUCAACUGGGAGACGGCAACCGGUGUCACUCUGAUCGGCGACGCUGCGCACGUGACGACGCCGUUCGUGGGCGACGGCGUAAACUGCGCCAUGCGCGACAGUAUCAUGCUGGCUGACGCCCUGGGAGAGAUGGGUGUGAACGAUGAGGCGCUCGCAGCGUACGAGAAGAAGAUGUUCCCGUUCGCGAUCGACGUCAUCACUAGGAGCCUGCAGAGCCAGGCAAUGUUCUUCGAGAAGGAGUCGCCGAAGGCGUUUAUGGAGAAUAUGAGCUCGGGCAAGGCGUUGAUUGGGACCACGGAUCACAUUUAA